GUGUGCGUGCACGCUCCCGUGUGUUUGUGUGUGUGUGUGUGUGUGUGUGUGUGUGUGACAGAGAGAGAGAGAGAGAGAGAGAGAGAGAGAGAGAGAGAGAGACAGAGAGACUCCGUAACAUCGCCUCUAGACUCAUCAGUGUUAUGACCGGGGUGAACCGUUAUUGACACAUUGUUCGGAGCCCAUUCAGUUGCCACAACAUUUUUCAGGGAGGAAGGCCAAGAACUACAACAUCCAGCUGAAAUGGGAACGGUGGAAGGAGGAAUGAAAUGCGUGAAAUACCUUUUGUUUGUGUUUAACUUCAUCUUCUGGCUGAUAGGAUCCUUUGUUCUGGCCGUGGGACUGUGGCUGCGUUUUGACCCAGUAACUGUGUCUCUGCUCACCGGUGAUAAGGCUCCAAACACCUUCUUCAUUGGUGUGUAUAUACUGAUUGGUGCUGGCAGUCUGGUGAUGUUAGUUGGUUUCUUUGGCUGCUGUGGAGCUGUUCGAGAAUCUCAGUGCCUGCUGGGUUCAUUUUUUGCCUGCCUGUUGAUCAUCUUUGGAGCUGAGGUAGCAGCAGGGGUGUUUGGAUUUUUAAACAAAGACAAGAUUAUCCAAGACAUUCAGAACUACUACGUAACAACGUACAAUGAAAACAAUAAUGGCACUUUGAUCAGCUCAUACCAGAAAGUACUGAACUGCUGUGGAACCACAGAAAGCCGCUGCCCUGAUGCCGAACAUGCUACCAAGGACUGUGAGACAGGCAUCAAAGACUUCUUCGACAGUAAACUCUACAUCAUUGGCUAUGUGGGUAUCGGCAUCGCUGGAGUCAUGAUCAUUGGGAUGAUCUUCAGUAUGGUUCUCUGCUGUGCCAUUCACAACAGCAGGGAGGUCAUCUAAGCUUGACCCUUGACUUCUACCCCUCACCCCUCCUUUAGCCAAACCUGAAAGACUGUACAAUUUGUUCAAAUAUCAACCCCUGUCCAUCAUCCACAAAGGGACCCAGGCAACUAAGCAUGUUCAAAACAUUCCUUUCCACUAUGGUGCUCAGCCCAGCUCUCCUGGCCCGAUCUUUGUUCCUCUAGAGUUUUCUUUAUUUAUUUGCCAUCGCUAAUUAAACAGCAUAUUCUACCUUUUAUAACAGUCUAAUAAGACUUAGACAAUUCACAUAUCCAGUGGGAACAGUAUAAAUUCUGAUGCUGACCUGACAGUCUGUCAGUUUAUCUUUUACUCAUGCCCAUUUGGCUGCCAUAAAAAUUUUUGAACCACUUAGUGUCACAGUAGUGUCAGUGCUUUUUCACACAGCCUUGACACUGACCCCAUGGCUGUGGGAAACUGAAGCCUACGAGAGCAAUCUGAGGUGAAAGCAGCUGUGUGCAUAGAAAUCAGCAUACACAGAUGGAUGCGCACAGACACACAAACACAGCAGUAUUGUGUCUCAUGAGACCAGAGCCCUAAAAACGGUUGUCUGACAUCUCACAGGGAGUCUUGAUUGGUCGAAUCAGAGUAACCGUCUACUUACUAUACCAAUGUUAAAGCGGUCUUGGCAAGAAAGUGUAUUUCCCCAAAUUUGUAAGUAUCACAAUUAUGCAAUCUCAGGAUAUUUAACUUAAAAGUUAACCACUUUCCACACAGUGCUGCUACCUUUAGAAAAUGUUCUCUAGGGUGAAUUAGACAACUCAAGUAAGUUUCAAGAGUCCUCUGCCGAGCAGCAAUUAUUGGAAAAGCUGCCUGUAAAGGCAGGAAAGGUACACAAAAACAUCACAGACUGUAUACACUGCAUUUCAAAACAGUCAGCAGGAGCGUGAACAAUACAAGAAUUGUAGUUAGGGAGCUAAAACAUGCAGACACACUAGUCUGAUCCUUUCAGCGUGAUUUUAAAAUCAGUCUUAUGCCAACUGAACUACAAACCAAAUCCCCUGGUCAUGCCAAAAGAAAAUACCACUUCCUAGACUUUUUUCAUAAAUAUAUAGGCUCUCUUAUGUAUGAGAAUACCGUGGAUGCUCCGUCGAUUGUAUGUUAAGAAACUGAGAUCACAUGGACUUGUAAACAUGUAGUAAGUGCUCAGCUAAAAUUAUUUGGUCAUCCAAGCCAGGUGUUGCAUCUUUCCCCAUUUCUCUCUUUCCUCGUGUGCCUUCAAAGUACACGGUCAAAUAACAAAACCCAACUUCUCAUCAUUCUUACUUCACUGACCUCAGCAGGGCUGAAUAGAUACCCAACCUGAAAGCAGUUCCAUUUCUCCCGAUUAAAUCAGGUCACUAUUAAUUUUGACUUUAAGUAUCAGGACUCCAGUAUGUAAAUAUAUGUGAGUUUAUUUGUAGUUGUACAUUAUUUGUGGCUAAUGUGAUCAUUAUUAUUUAACACACUGUGUGUAGACAGAGGUUUGUAGUAGUUGUACAGUGUUGUAAUCAUGACAGUGUUUGUAAUUAGCCAGAGAAAAUCCACACAGCUAAAACCGCUUCUUAAUGUGUCUUUCUUUGAUGACAGCUAUUUUUCAACACGUGCACAUAGCGAAUAUGUACAUAUGUUUGUAGAGUUGGACUGCAGUUAAAUGGCACGCGUGUUCAAUGAGCAGCACAUAAGGCCCGGCUUUCCAUUAUUGUUUUGGUGUGUUUUGAUGUGUCAUGCUCAGCUGUGACUUCUUAGCCAAAAAACAGCUGAAGUGGUGGAAGCAACACUUUCUCUGCCAACUGUUUUGAAAUCCUCUUGGUACUAUAAAAAUGUAAGUAUAACGUAGCACAAGUGAGGAGACAACCAAGCUUAGCACCUCAGGAUGUUGGGAUGCCAGUAGGUAGUGGGCCAAGGCCACUGAAAUAGAUUGAACUAGUUUAAUGCUACUCAGUCCACAGGUUGUUGCUGUGUUAAAUGUGGAGACAUGACGUACUGUGCACCUAAAAUCAACUGUCUACAUGGCCAAGCCUUUCAUAGUUGAUUGUGUUUUAAUUUAUUUUAAUAUCAUUCCAGGCUUCUCAGGAAG